UAAAUACCAGGCAGAGCACGGAGGAAGAGACGUGAAGUCGUCGCACCUCUCUCUACAUUCAAAUGUGAUAUUUCAGUUGAAAUUAUUUUUUCCAAACUAAACAUUUUUUCCUUUACAAAGUGUGGCAGAACAGCAGAGGAAGUACCAGAGGAAGACGUUGAAGAGUUUUUGACAUUUUCUUUUAGGAACAAAGUUCUUCAUUCAGUAAUCACCAGACCUCCGGAGUCUGGAGCAGAGAGGGCAAAGUUGGGUCACAGUGUCCUGUGUGUGCAGCAGCACAAUGGGCAGGGAGGACAACAACUGUGGUUCUUGGAGAGACGUUGAUGACCCCAAAACAGACGUCCACGCUGACAGAAAGACAGGAAUCUUCAACCAGCGCACACUCUGCACCUCGACAGAAAGUAGCAAAUCGCCUGAUGACAACUCGCUCCAGCUCGAAUCUGCUUUUCUUGGUGACAAAGCUGUCAACGCUGAUGAUGAUGGAGUGCAGAAGAGUCACAAGGGGAAGAGCUGUGAGGAUGAUGAAGACGGCCACCUGGUCUAUCACAUUGGCCUCGUGUUGAAAAAUAGAUAUGAGGUGGUAUUUACACUAGGAGUAGGAGCCUUUGGAAAAGUGGUGGAGUGCAUUGAUAGAGACAAAGAGGAGCAUGUAGCCGUGAAGAUUAUGAGGAACACGGAGUGUUUCCGUGAAGUAGCGAGGUCUGAGAUCGCAGUGCUGCAGGAGAUCAACAUCCUGGAUGAUGACAACAUAUUUGCCUGUGUGAGGAUGUUGGACUGGUUCGAGCAUGAAGGUCACAUCUGUAUUGUGUUCGAGCUGCUUGGCCUCAGCACCUUUGAGUUUCUCCGACAGAACAAGUUCCUUCCAUUCAGCGUAGAGCAGAUCAGACACAUGGCCUUCCAGAUCUUCAGAGCCGUCUGCUUCCUGCAUCGUAACAAGUUGACCCACACAGAUCUGAAGCCAGAAAACAUCCUGUUUGUCUGCUCUGACUUCGACCUGGAGUACAAUGAUGAGACAAAGUGUGAGGAGAGGAAACUGAGGAGUCUGGAUGUUAAGGUGGUGGAUUUUGGCACAGCCAAAUUUGACCACGAACACCAUGAAUCCCUGGUGUCAACACGUCACUACCGAGCUCCAGAGAUCAUUCUGGAUCUGGGCUGGAACCAGUCCUGUGAUGUUUGGAGUCUGGGCUGUGUUCUUAUGGAGUUUUACCUGGGACGUACACUCUUCAUGACCCAUGACAGCAAAGAACAUCUGGCCAUGAUGGAGAAAGUCCUGGGACCGAUCCCCCCCCACCAGCUGAAACAGACCAGAAAGCCAGAUUAUGUGCACAACGAGCGUCUGAACUGGGACGAGCAGAGCUCCUCUGAUGAUUACAGACAACACUGUAAACCUCUGAAGCAUUACAUCCAAAGGAAUAGCGAGGAAGAGAGGCAGCUGUUCGACCUGCUCAGCUGCAUGUUGGAGUACGACGUGUGCAGACGGAUCACCCUGGAGGAGGCGCUGUGGCACCCGUUCUUCAGCCCGCUGAGGAUGCAGAAGCAGCAGCGCAGCUAGCACACAAAACACACACACAUACACACACACACACACAUUCAACAUCUACCUCGGGGUUGUAAUUUAAGCGUUGCAAUUACUAAACUGUUUGGGUUUGUAGUUUUGAGUUGAUGAGUUAGAUGAUUUUCAGUUUCGUAGAGCAUUCCUGUCUACUCAAAAUAUAUAUUUUACGGACAUCCCAUCAUGAUCCAACAGUCUGCAGUCAAGUAAUUCAGAGUAAAUGUUUUCUUUCACUUCUUUCUCAGUCAUUUCUGUCAGGAGUUUGUUAAUAAAUAAUAAUAUUUUGCA